AUGCCUCGGCAUUCUUGGGGCGGCACGGGCCGAUCUGCCCAGAUUAUUGAGAUGUUGUUCCGGCGGAUAGAACACCGUUGUUGCUCCGAGGUUUCCAAAUUGUCUAAAGCCACUUAUCCCCGUCACCAGAUCACUCCACCAAAGGAAUUCACCCGAUUCGUGCGAGCUUCUAUCCCUCUCCACUGCCUUUUCAGAAAACCCCCUCUCGUUAAUGCCUCGCCAUCGCCACCAAAGGCAUUCGCUUAUGGCUCAGCCCCUCACCGACAUCAAACCGAAGAACGACGGGCUGAAGAGCGGUCAUAA